CAACACAAGAGUGACUGAAAACCACAGAAUUGUGUAGAAUUCUGUGCUGAAAACACUAUCUGGGACUGGGAGUGAGAGGGCGGAGAAAAAAGGAACACAGUAGGCAGUAGCCUAUCUAGAUCUAAUGUGUUCCGUGCGGUGAACGAAACGAAGGAUUAUAACAGUCGUCGGUUGUGAAAGUGAAGAUGGCAGCUUCUGCUAUGUACCCAGUUUCCAAUGACCCAACAAAUAAAGCAGUGCCUUCCCAACUGCAAAGGAAGAUUUUGCAAGAUGUUUUUGAGUGCAUCGUACAGCUGAAGAGUGAGUUCUUUGAACAUCACCAACCUAUCACAGAUGACAGUGUGGUCCUUCAAAGAUUUUGUGCAAAAUUUGAACAUCUUUUGCAAAUUGGCAUGCGAGAGCGCACAAGCAUCAUGGGAAGGCGCAAAGAUUACUGGGAUUAUUUCUGCCAAUGUUUAGGUUCUGCUCGUGGCUCUAACGAUGGUAUCAAGUAUGUGAAGUCUUUGGGAGAGAACAAGACAUCCCUUGGUCGUGGCAGGGCCUUUAUCAGAUUCUGCCUGGUUCAUCAGAGACUGGCAGACACACUACAGCAGUGUGCUGUUCAUGACAAAACCAAGGAUUGGUUUCUACCUUCCAGUGCUCUAAUGAGCCCAAAAGAUUCUCAGAGUCUCAUCAGCUCCCUGUACGACCUCAACUCCUUACACUUUGACCUGGCUCCUCGAGGCUAUGACCUUGACACUUCAUGGCCGUCGUUUGCGAACAAGUCCGGAUCAGGAUCUUCAUGGGCUGUGCCUAUCAGUCGAAGGUCUAGCAUUACCAGCAUGGACACGAUCAGCCAGAUCAGUGUUUCUGUGGAGCAGACCGGCGAGACAGAACGUCUGAACCGCGACCUAGAAUCGGUCCAGGCCGUCCGAGAUGACCUCAUCGUCCAGGUGAACAAGCUGAGUGAGGAGAAAGAGAAGGCUGGCCAGUCGGCCUGGGCCGCCCAGGGAGAGCUGCAGGCCUUGCAGCAACAGCUGUCUACCGUACAAUGCCAGCACUCAGAACUUCAGGAGAGAUAUAAAGAGUUGGACGUAAGUUUUGUGAAGCUGAAGAUGGAGAAAGAACACAUGGAGAAAGUUCAGUCGGACCAGUUGAAGCUUCUGGAGGGCAGAUGUCAGGAGGAGGAGGCAAAGAGAGUGAACUCCUUGAAAGAGGAGGAGGAGAUCUGGAAGCAGGAAGUGAAAGACGAGAGCGACAGGAAGCAGAGGGAGAUUGACAAACUUCAGGCAGAUCUAGGUCAGCGAGAGGCGGAUUGUGCAGGGUACAAAGAAGAGGUGGCACAAAUACAAAAUGCUGUGGUAGAAAUGUUGACCCAGUUUGAGAUCCCGCAUUCUGGCACCACCUCAGAAGCCCAUCUUUCAAGUUUGGCUGGAUACAUCAGAACCAGGAACGAUCAGCUGUCAGCUUUGUCUGGUGAUAAAACAUCAGUACAGGAGUUCUACCAAAAAGAGUUAUCGGAUAAGAACAAAGAGAUCGGCCAGCUAGAAGGGAGGAUAGAGGAACUGAGGAACUUGGCACGGGUCUCCCAGGAAUCUGCCUCUGGUCUGCAAGAACAACUGACAGCUGCUAGCCUCGAAGUUCAUUCGGAGAGAGAGAAAGUUCAGAGAUUGAAUGAGAAAGAGCUGGAGUUGACCGCUGCUAUGGAAGAGAGACAAAAACACAUCGAAACGCUUCAGAGUGAAUUGAAAGUUCAAAGAGAUGAUUGUGAAAAGCUGCGGGAUUCAAAAAUAGACUUGGAGAAGCAGAAAUUAGAGCUUGAGCAACGAUUUGGUGGCUUGGAAGCAAACAUCGUAGAAUUGAAAGGCCAGUCGGAACAGACAAGUAAAGAAUUGAUGAGCAUGAAUGAGAAGUGUCAGGAACAGGAAAAAGAGAUCAACAAAAUGAAAGGAGAAAAGGAAGUGGAUAUGAUUGGUAUAGAAACUAAGAAUGAAGAAAUUGACGAUUUACAGCGAAGUCUUGAAGAAAAAGAGGCAAUUGUUUCAGAUUUGAAAGCCCAGCUCGAGAGUAGCUCGACCACUUGCAACAGUUUAAAGUCACAACUGCAUGAAAAGUCCAAGGCUGUUGAGGAGAUGACAUCUCAGUUGACGGGUCAGGAGCAGUCGACUGACGGACUGAAGCGGCAGUUGGAAGACAAUUUGAAACAGUCUGAAAUUGCUAUGAAGGAAAGAGAGAAGAUGGUCGAGGAAGCUGAAGAAAAACUAGCAGCUGCACAAACUCAGCUAGAUGAAGUAAAUACCGGUGCUGAGAAGAAGCAAAGAGAAAUCGUAGAGCUCAGUGACAAGUUGUCUAAGGCUGAGGCUGAGCUUGAGACAGUGAGGGCUAAGAAUGGUGAUUUAGAGGGUGCAGUGCUGUCUUUAGAGAAGGAAAAGGAGACUAUGACGAGAGAGACUCAGGAGAAAGAAGAAGGGAGGAAGAUUGUUGAGAGCGAGAGAGAUGAUGUUAAGGUUAAGUUAUCGGCCUGUGAAGAGGAGGUGAAUAACCUAACAUCAAAAAUAGAAUGUUUCAAAGAUGCUCAAGCUGCGAAAGAUAAUGAAAUAGAAGAAAUGAAGGUAAAAAUGUCUGAGCUGCGAGCAGAGAGCGAGAAAGAGAAGGAGAGAAUGUUGGGAUUACUUCGAGAUUCUGAGAAUGUUCGACAGUCUGAAGGUGAAAAGUCUGAGAAGUUGAAUGGUCUAAUUGUUGCUAUGGAAGAACUUCGGCAAAGCAAGGAUGCUGAAGUGGCAGAAAAGCACGAACAGAUUCUGUCAUUACAGGACGCAGUAUCUUCUAAAGAUGGAGAGGUAAACUCUUUAAAAAUGGAAGUAGGUCAGCUGAAGGUUGAAGUGGAGAGAGAAGUUUGUGAAAAGUCUAAACUUGUUUCUAGCCAUAAUGUGGAGAAUGAUGCUGCUCAAAAGAAAGAGAAAGAACAAGAGGAAAAAUGGACAGAAGAACUGAGGUUAAAGGACUGCCAAGUUGAACUUUUGAUUUCGGAAAUCAGUACUAAGACAGAUAAAAUUGAAGGCUUGAAGCAAAGAGUGAGCUCAACAGAGAAGGAUUUGAGAAAACUGAAGGAAGAUUUGAGUUCCAGAUCCUCUGAAAUAGAAGCUUUGCAGGGAGAAGCUCUCACUAAGCAGAAAGAGUUUCAGGAUCUCAAACAAACAGUCAGUGACAGAGACGGAAAAAUAGAGCAGUUGACUCAGGAAUACAAUAAACAAGUUGAAGAUUUAUCAGAACAGGUGAAGAAACUGAAGGCAGAAACAACAGUUAAAGAGAAUGAGGACAUUUUAGGCUUGUCGCAAAUGCAAGAGCUCCGGGCAAGUGUGGCUCAACUGUCGUCAGAACUUUCCAGUCAGAAAAGCAGCCACGAAGAAAGUGUCAGCGCUCUGAACAUGAGCGUGUCGUCGGCGACUGGCGAGAGAGACCUUUUGGCGCAGCAGAUGAAUGACGCACUGUUGGACGCACAGCAAAUCAAGAGUCAGCUGACAGAGACUUCGGAGCAGUUGGCCUUGACCUAUUCUCAGCUGGAGUCUGUCACGUCGGAAAAGAUCUCCUUGUCGGCCGAGGUCGGUGCCAUGUCAGAGGAACUGACCCGUGCUUUGAACAUUAAAGAAAGUUCUGAGAGAAAGGUCAAAGAGCUGGAGGCCUCUCUUCGGAGUGCGGAGGACGAGGCUCAGGAGAAGCUGUCUCAGAAACGGGGGCUGGAGGAAGAACUUCUCCGUGUGGAGGCGGACCUGAAGAGAGUGAGCGAGGAGAAGGCAGAGCUGGAGGCGUCGGCCAGAGGGAAGAACGAGUUCAGCACGCAGGUUCUGGAGGAAAGCCUCACGGAGGCGCAUGCGGCACUGGAGGAGGCCAGGGAUGAGAAGUCACUUCUCCAAGGUGAACGAGACCAGCUGUCCCAUCAAGUGGAAGAACUUCAAGGGGAGAUAAAUAGAUUGAAGGAUCAAACUUCUGAACUUCACACCCAACUGUCUUCUGUUGAGAACGCUACGCAGAAUAACAGUUCUCCAGAGGUGGAGUCAUUGAAGAAACAGCUGGAGGAACAGUGCGAGCAACACAAGUCUGCUGUGGAGGAUUUGAACGAGGAGAUCUCAGCUCUGCAGUUCCAGCUUAGCUCAGAACAGAUGAACAGGCAUGAGAUUUCACAGCCAAAUGAGAUGGGUGAUGGCGAGAGUGACGGUCUGCGUGCUCGUAUCUCUGACCUGGAGAUUAUCAUCGAGCAGCUGGAGGAAGAGCUCAGCGCAGCACGUCAGGGCAGGGAGACGGAUUCCUCUCAGGUUCAAGAGAUGGAAAGUCGUUUCAAGCUCAAGGAGACGGAAUGUUCUCGGAUGAAGGACCAGCUGCAGAGGAUGGAGUCGGUGCUCACUGCUGAAGGAAACAAACGUCAGGUGACAGAAGCUGAGCUGAACUCUCUAAGACAGAGCAGUCAGCGGGAGAAGCAGGACUUGGAGACCGAGCUUGCCGCAGUGAAAUCAGACAAUGAGCAGAUAAAAAAGAAACUCAUCAAGUUGAUCAAGGAUAAGGAUGACCUUUGGCAGAGGACUGACCAGCUGGUGGAUGAGCAGAAACGCAAAGCCACUGACCGCUGGCAGGACAACUCUAUGGUCACUCACUGCCCACAGUGCAAUACUGAGUUCUCUCUCUUUGUCCGAAAGCACCAUUGUCGGCUUUGUGGGAAAAUUUAUUGCUGGGCAUGCUCAGAUUUCUGGCUGGAUGUGGCCCAUAGCAGCAAAAAGGCUCGUGUGUGCAAGUCUUGUUUCGAGAGGCACACAGAUUUAGAUGCUAUGAGACAGUCAAUGUCUACGUCGAUGAUCACUGGCAGCAGUGAUGAAGAGGAGGACGAAGGACAGACUACACCAGAUGGAGUGGGGACAAGAGAAGGCAGCCAUGAUUCUGCGGUGUCCCCACAUAAUCAGACUGAUGAGGGUAAAAUCCGACAGAGUUCCAGGGUUAAUCCAGCCCAAUUAGAUCCUACAGAAGGUGCGGCCGGCCAGGUGGACGACCCAGAUAACCCAGAGGAAGGAAUGUUCCAGAUUGUCACCGAGGCGGAUGUGGAGAGGUCGAUGUCAGAUUACUCAAACCAGCAGGCAACCGACACUCCCGAAAAUAUGUCUACCUCCAUGUUGCUGAGUGCGGAGGACUUGCUUUCUGGCCAGGUCAACUCCCAGAACCAGGUGUGGAUCAAGCCAGGGAGGACUUUCGCCGUGCCCAUCAGUAUACCGGAGGAGAACGCUGCCUUGGAGUGGGAGUUCUCCAGCCACCCCAAGGACAUUGUGUUCACGGUGAACUACAAAGAGGACGACUCUGUGGCCCUGUCCGAGGCUGAGGAGAUCGUGGCUCCGUGCAAGUGCGACUCUCACAAGCAGACGGUGCACGGGGAGCUCACCACCAAGAAGUCUGGAAUCUACACUCUCAUUUUUGACAACACAUACUCAAGACUGACAUCGAAAAAAGUGCAUUACUCUCUGAGCUACAAGAAGUCCUCAUCCUGACCUGACCCCGCUAUGGAUUAUGUUGCCAGUACACAGACAUCCGUGGACUUUCAAUUUGUGAUCCCGAUCACAGGGAUUGGUCGAUGACUCACCAUAGAAGAUCUGGUUGUUUGGAUGUUCAAGAAUGUUUUCAGCUCCCUGACGGUCACAAAGAAAUGUUGUGUUGAAUGCUUUUGGGUGGUGUUAUGCUCUGACUGUGUAAUUUUUUCAUUCGGGGGAAAAUAAAGCCGAGUGUGAAAUUUGCGAUUAGUUUUAUGAAAUGCAUCUAAUAGAAGCAGUAUGCAGAAUAUAACCUAAGACGAACAGAUAAUUUUUUAGCAGGUGAAAUAAAUAAAAAGAUUUUUAAAACACAAAACGUCUUGAUCUUAAAUGAUAAUGAGAGAAGUCUACAACCUUAACCCACAGUACUUUUAUACUCUUUAUAGUUCUUGUUGACUUUAAAGUUUAUUGAGGUCCUGCAGAUCGAUUUCGGCAACGGUUUUAGAAUAAAAGAGAGCUGACCUGCUUCUUCCAGUUACAUGGUCAGAGCAUAACUCUAUCGAUAUAUUAUAUAUAAGUUGUUAACCAGCUGUUCAGAUUUACUAAGCCCAUAAUUUUGAAAAACUUUUUUUAUUGCAGUUUCUUUAUCUGUGGUAUUGGUUGCAUAUUUUGUCAAAAUUU